AACAAAUCUUAACACUCACAUCGUGACCGGUGGUCUCGAUGACUUUCCCUUUCGAACGAAGGUCAUCGUGUCAGAGCUGUCCAUUCACAUGAAGCGCAGAUAACAUCGCGCGUGUGUGUGUCACAGACGAAACAUGACACGGAAGCCAACAACUGGCUGCGUCGAGCCAUGCCACGAUCUGUUAUUGUGAAUCCUUGCUGACUGCGAACCAUCGCAUUCAAUCAAUCAUUACACAGAUGGGGGGAUCGAUCAUGCAGUCAGUCCCCAGAUGCGCAAACGAAGGCAACAUAUGCACACUCAAAUCAACCAACCAACCCGUCUGUCUGCACACACAUAUGGAUCACCCCCCUGCAUCUAUUCAUCCCCCCAUCCGCUACUCAAACGCUGGUAGACACCGGUGCGCUCUGCAGCCAGCCAGCCGUAUUGCCAAUGCUGCAGCAGAGGAGGGAAGCACCCACCCAGAUUUAUCCGAUGCAUCGACACUGAAGUUGUGUCACGUCUCCCCAAUCAUGUUUCUCUGACCGUGUGGUAUCUAUCAUGCCGUCUAUGGCGUCUGGCCAUCGAGAAAGACGGGCGCGAUGACGCCGAGUGACCGCCGAGCCCUGGCUGUGGUUUGCGGAUGCCUGACGGGGAAGGCGUCGUCCGGGCUGCCCACCGGCUGCUCUGUCGUCGCCAGAACGACAGCCACUGCCACAGGACACAGAGAGAGACAAGGGCGCCUGCGUGACACCGUUUGAUUUUCCCGUGCCCUCCCUCCGCUCACCGGCCUGACGGUUAUCUGGAGGGACUCUGAAUUCAACCCCUGCUAUAAAGGGGUCGUCGAAUGCCGUUAGCAGAUGAGUCUGAUAUGCAGUUCCACCGUCCUCGGUCGUCACGACGGCUGAGCAUCCCUCCAGCGGCGUGUGAGGCGACCGCGUCAGCAACGUGUCCAGAUAGCCACCCCGAACACCACUGCACACACACAAACACACACAGAAGGAGAACACUCCACUUCUCCAUCACGUUCGUUCCCCCACAGCAGUACCCACCGAUGGACUUCUAUCUCCAUGGCUUCGAAGUGGACGCCACUCCCCGUGUAGUGGUGAAGGAUCAUGUCCAAAAUGAAGGCGCUCACAGACAUCUCGGCGUACUCGGGUCCGAUUGCCCGCCAGCCGCCUUGUCCGCCGGCAGUGCACUCAAUGAUCGAUCGGACGGGCGGGUCAUCGCGCUUCAUGUGCUGUUGGAAGGGGUGCUGCGACAGGGGGUGCACGUGAUCAGUGGAGAGGGGAGGAUUGAGAGUGACGGCGAACUCCGGCUCGUCGCGGAUCGCCCGAAUCUCGUUGGUGGUCGGGCCGCGGAACACACAAGGGGAGGGGCCGUCCUGCUGACUGUCAGCGUGGCGGAAGACGAAAUGGCGACCGACAAUCAUCCACUGUGCUGCCACACGGGGAAGGGACAAGUAGGCCUGAAACACACACAUACAGAACGAUGCAGCCGAUUCUCCUCUUCGUGUGUGAGGUGCUGACGGUCUUUGUGUCGUGCUUCUGCAGAUCUCUGGCAUCGAUGGUGAUGGGCAGCUGGCAGUAAUCACACUGCCCCGCCAGUCGUAGCCCAUUCCCCACCUCCCCCCAGUCGCCCCCCUCCUCCAUCAGCCAGAGCGCCUUCACCACACCACCGUCGCCCAGCUGGGGCGCAAACCGCACCACGCCCGUCAGACCCGCCUUGUCGAUGGCGUCGGUCAGCCGACUGCCGAGGGCAUCUCGGAUGUGCCUCUUGAGGAGUCGAGCAGUCGUCCUGAGGCGGCCGACACCCGGCAGGUCUGUGGAUGUCUGCAGACGAGCCAUGGCGUCGGCCGAGAGGUCCUCCAACUUGGCCUGACCAGGACAGUGCAACGCACAACAGACAAACGAUUAGCGAAUCACUCGCGUGUAUCGUGUGAUGGUUUCAUUGACCGAUGCGUCAGUGCGCGGCUGAGGGAAGGUGGCCGACUUGACGAGGGCCUUCAGCGUGGCCUUGAGCUUGGCAUACUGAUGCAAUGCGGCUAUCAUGUGAAGCGAACAAUCCUGCAUGCGUGACACAGACACACACACAAACGGCAGAUGUCUAUCCGCCCUUGUUCUGCCGAUGUCGCUUCGUGAGUGCUGCCUGCCUCUGGGCGUACGUACGUACCUACGAUGAGAGAUCUGAGGGGUCCAGUGCGGACAGGCGGUACAUCAGACAGCUGAUCUGCAUGAAGAAGAGAAAACAAGCGUGGCCUGCCUGCCGGUGAGGCUGCCGAUGGCUCAAUUCCAUGCUUGCUGACCUCCGAGUGCUUCUGUUCGAGCCCAGUCAUGGUCACCACCCGCAUCAUCAUUUUUCUG